AUGGCUCCCACCAGCUUCAAGCUCAACAACGGCCAGGAGAUUCCUGCCGUCGGUCUCGGCACCUGGCAGUCCGCCCCCGGUCAGGUCGAGGCCGCUGUCACCUUCGCUCUCAAGGAUGGCUACAAGAUGAUCGACUGCGCCUACUGCUACGGCAACGAGGAGGAGGUUGGCGCGGGCCUCAAGGCUGCUUUCGACGCUGGCGUCAAGCGCGAGGACAUCUUUAUCGUGACCAAGGUCUGGGCUACUUACAACACCCGCUGCGAGCUGGCUCUCGAUAAGUCCCUGAAGGCUCUCGGUCUCGACUACGUUGAUCUCUUCCUGGUGCACUGGCCUCUUCUCCUCAACCCUGAGGGUAACCAUGACAAGUUCCCCACCAAGGAGGACGGUUCCCGAGAUGUUAUCCGAUCUUACAACCACGUCGAUGGCUGGAAGCAGAUGGAGAAGCUGCCCGCUACCGGCAAGACCAAGGGCGUUGGUGUCUGCAACUACAGCAAGCGAUACCUCGAGGAGCUUCUACCUCAUGCCACCAUCAUCCCCGCCGUCAACCAGAUCGAGAACCACCCUAGCCUUCCCCAGCAGGAGAUUGUCGACUUCUGCAAGGAGAAGGGCAUCCACAUCGAGGCCUACAGCCCUCUCGGCAGCACUGGCGGUCCCGUCAUGACCGCUGAGCCCGUUGUCAAGAUUGCCGAGAAGAAGGGUGUCUCUGCCUCUACCGUCCUCCUCAGCUACCACGUCGCCCGUGGCAGCACUGUCCUCGCCAAGUCCGUCACCCCCGAGCGCAUCUCCGCCAACAAGACCAUCGUCGACCUCGACGCCGACGACAUGAAGCUCCUCAACGACUACUCGGACGACCUCACAAAGAAGGGUGAGCUGAAGCGAUAUGUCUACCCUCCCUUCGGUGUCGACUUUGGCUUCCCCGACAAGUCGUGA